AUGACCGAUCGAUGGCAUUUUGGACUUCUGACACUGUCAAACUUUACGCCCGACUUCACCAGAGCCCAUUUUCGCUGCAUCCUCGCAGCCCUCUCCAAAGUUCCUUAUCUGCUAGUUCAGAAAGCAAUAUCCCCACCGCCUGCAGUUCGGAUCCAUGAAUCCAUGAAGCAGGAGUCAGAUGUACAGAUUGACGGGUCUCUCCCGUCUCUACUGACUCGUUCAAGCUAUCUUCCUACCUAUGACUCUGAGGAAGGUCUGGAUGGCGAAACAGAAUUAUGGAUCCUUCGUGCAUUUUCAGAAGCAUCUCGUCUUCUGGCUACAUCACAAUUAAACCAUGCGCUGGGGGGCCACAUAGCUAACAUUGGAUAA